AUGAGUUGUGAAUCAAGUAAUAGUUGUUCAAGUGAUAGCGAUUAUAAACCAUCGACUCAUUCUAAAUCCAUCCUAAUUCCUAUUCCAGCUACUCGUUCUCUUCGUUCAAAGUCAAAAGUAUCUCGACGUAGUACUAGUGUACCGAGAGAUUUAGAUAAUAGUAAAGAUAUUUUGAAUAAAUCUAUUCGUGCUAUAGGUAGUACGGAUAGCCUUCUAAACCAUUCCAAUUCUUUAUUAGACGAAUUAUUAAGUUCAAACACUCAAACAAAUUCUAUUCAGACUUCUAUUAAAUGCACCUCCUAUAAUCCUAUUACUCCUACAUCGACUACCAAUUCUAACACGUUCAUGUCUAUUCCUAUGUCUGCGUCUACUUCUACGUCCACGUCUAUUUCUACAUCUGCGUCCAUUUCAACGUCCACGUCAACUUCUACUUCAACGUCCACUUCUAUUUCAGCGUCCACUUCUACGUCAACGCCCACUUCUACAUCAGCUUCAACUUCUACGUCAACAUUAAAUUGUGCAACAGCACCACCUUCCACUUCAACUAUCGUUUCUACAUCCACUACACCAACUACGUGUUGGUAUACGUUAGCGACAAAUUAA